UGCCCAUUUGUGUUGACGGAAGUGGCCGUGACGUGUCAGUGUUGACGCUGGGGAUUGUGGGAGCCCGGAGUGAUGGCGGAGUUAAGGGAUUGACAGCUCUGGCAGAUAGCGGUAGGGAAUCAUGAUACGGGCUUAAACGACAAUAAUAUCAAUAGGGUGCAAAGUACCGGGCUCUCGCCCCCUAAUUCCCGCCCCUGUUCAGAGGUAGAGGGUUGAGACGAGUCAACAUGUCCUCCACCAGCACCAUCAGCAGUCCGGAGGCCAUCAAAAAGCUUCUGGAUAACAUGCAGAGUGACCUCCGGGGCUUGUCCAUGGAAUGCAAGAAGAAGUUCCCCCCCGUGAAAGAGCUGCUCAGAGCCCACUGCGUAUUUGAGUGUCACAGACACUUUCCAGGAUGGUGACAAGCCCUUUACCUAUGAUUCUAUGAAAGAAGCAUGGGAGGAUGUGGACAAUCCUUUUCAGUAAUCUUCAGUGUUCAAGCCAAAGAGUGAGAUCUCUAUAAAGUGCCACACAGUAAACUGGAAUGCCUGGAUUAUGAAACGUAAACUGGGGAGGAAAUGAUCCAUGUAAGGAUGGCUUCAAGGUUUUAUAGCCCAAUUAUAGGCUGCAGAAUCAGGAAUAGUUAAGGUGAAAAACAUAGCAGCAAGGAGUCCUGAUGUACUGACAGCUUUGAAGGAGAGCAGUUCUGAAGUAGUCCAGCCCUUCCUCAUGGGCUGCGGAACAAAAGAACCGAAAAUAACCCAGCUUUGCCUUGCUGCUAUCCAGAGACUCAUGUCGCAUGAAGUGGUGUCUGAGGGUGCUGCUGGUAAUAUCAUCAACAUGUUGUGGCAGCUGAUGGAAUAUGGCCUUGAGGAACUUAAGCUGCUUCAGACUGUUCUUGUCCUUCUAACAACCAACACAGUAGUCCACGAUGAAUCCCUUUCAAAGGCAAUUGUCCUCUGCUUUCGACUUCACUUCACAAAAGAUAAUAUAACUAACAAUACUGCUGCAGCUACAGUGAGACAAGUUGUGACUGUGGUAUUUGAGAGGAUGGUGGCUGAAGAUGAACGUCACAAAGAUGCAGUGGAGCAACUGGUACCUGUCACUGGAAACAGCAACAGAAGAUCUGUCAGUACUUUAAAACCUUGUGCUAAGGAUGCAUACAUGCUCUUCCAGGAUCUGUGUCAGUUAGUAAAUGCUGAUGCCCCCUACUGGCUGGUGGGUAUGACAGAAAUGACACGGACAUUUGGUCUAGAACUUUUGGAAUCGGUCCUUAAUGACUUUCCACAGGUGUUUUUACAGCAUCAAGAAUUUAGUUUCCUGCUUAAGGAAAGAGUUUGCUCUCUUGUGAUUAAGCUGUUUUCACCAAAUAUUAAGUUUCGGCAAGGCUCCAACAGCAACUCUUCACCAGCUCCAGUUGAGAAGCCAUAUUUUCCAAUCUGUAUGCGUCUCCUCAGAGUUGUGUCUGUCCUGAUUAAGCAAUUCUACAGUCUUUUGGUAACGGAAUGUGAGAUUUUCCUGUCUCUGCUUGUCAAGUUCUUGGAUGCAGAUAAGCCCCAGUGGUUGAGAGCUGUAGCAGUAGAGUCCAUACACCGUCUUUGUGUGCAGCCACAGCUACUCAGGUCUUUCUGUCAAUCCUAUGACAUGAAACAACACUCCACAAAGGUUUUCCGUGAUAUAGUCAAUGCACUUGGUUCAUUUAUUCAAUCUCUCUUUCUCGUACCAAGUGCUGGGCCUGCAUCAGCCACCACUAACCCACCUGCUGCACAUCUCAUAAAUGGUGGCAUAGUUCUAUUACUGCAUAUGGAAAAUGCUGUUGUCCAGGCAGGUGGGUCUAGUUCCAUAACUCCAGCCUCAAAUCAGUCCACAUCUGGAAUGGCUGCUACUACUACUAAUACAACUGUACUCCCAGCUUUUGAAUACAGAGGCACCUGGAUUCCUAUCAUGACCAUUUCUAUUCAAGGAAGUGCUAAAGCUACAUAUCUAGAAAUGCUGGAUAAGGUAGAGCCACCAACUAUUCCUGAAGGCUAUGCCAUGUCAGUAGCAUUUCACUGUUUGUUAGACCUUGUGCGAGGUAUUACCACCAUGAUCGAAGGAGAAAUCGGUCAGGUUGAAACAGACUCGCAUAUUUCAGCAGAGGAAACUCCUUCACAUGCCCCAUCUAUUAAUCCACAAGACCUUCCAGUGGUAUCUGAUCCUGCUGACAAAGACCCAGGUUGUAGAAGUGUUUGGGAAGAAAUGAUCAAUGCCUGUUGGUGUGGCCUUCUUGCUGCUCUCUCUCUACUUCUUGAUGCAAGCACGGAUGAAGCGGCAACAGAAAACAUUCUGAAAGCUGAAAUGACCAUGGCUUCUCUGUGUGGGAAAUUAGGACUUGUUACUCCUAGGGAUGCUUUCAUAACCGCUAUUUGCAAAGGUUCCUUGCCGCCCCAUUAUGCUCUCACUGUUCUUAACACGUCAUCUGCAGCAAUAUGCAACAAAUCUUAUUCCAUCCAAGGGCAAAAUAUUCAGAUGAUAAGCCCUUCUAGUGAUUCUCAUCAACAAGUUGUAGCAGUUGGACAACCACUAGCUGUACAGCCUCAAGGAACUGUUAUGCUCACAGCUAAAAAUAUACAAUGUAUGCGCACAUUGCUGAAUUUAGCUCAUUGUCAUGGAGGAUACUUGGGAACUUCAUGGCAUCUCGUUCUUGCAACUCUUCAGCACCUAGUGUGGAUUCUUGGAUUAAAACCUAGCAGUGGUGGAGCAUUAAAACCUGGGCGAGCAGUAGAAGGUCCUAGCACAGUUCUGACAACAGCCGUUAUGACAGACUUACCCGUUAUAUCAACUAUCUUGUCACGCCUUUUUGAGAGCUCACAGUACUUAGAUGAUGUGUCCCUUCAUCACUUAAUCAAUGCUCUCUGCUCAUUAUCUCUGGAAGCAAUGGACAUGGCUUAUGGCAAUAACAAGGAACCAUCCCUUUUUGCUGUGGCAAAGCUGCUAGAAACAGGAUUGGUGAACAUGCACAGAAUUGAAAUCCUAUGGAGACCCCUAACUGGACAUCUUAUAGAGAAGGUCUGCCAGCAUCCAAAUGCAAGAAUGAGAGAAUGGGGAGCUGAAGCAUUAACAUCCCUAAUUAAAGCAGGGCUAGACUUUAAGCAUGAACCACAGCUUUCAGAGAACCAGAGACUGCAGUUACUUUUGUUAAAUCCCCUGAAGGAACUUUCAAAUAUAAUCCACCAUGAUAUUCGACUUAAGCAGCUGGAAUGUGUGCUGCAGAUCCUACAGAGUCAAGGAGACCGUCUCGGGCCUGGCUGGCCACUUGUCCUAGGAGUGAUAGGAGCUAUUAGAAAUGAUCAAGGUGAAUCUUUAAUACGGAAUGCGUUCCAGUGCCUUCAGUUAGUCGUGACAGACUUCCUCCCGACAAUGCCUUGUACUUGCCUACAGAUAGUUGUAGAAGUGGCUGGAAGUUUUGGGCUUCAGAAUCAAGAACUGAAUAUUAGUUUAACAUCUAUAGGACUACUGUGGAAUAUUUCUGAUCACUUCUACCAAAGAGGAGAAGCUAUAGAGAAAGAACUUAACCGUGAAGAAGAUUUGCUUCAGAAGCAAGCAAAAGAAAAAGGGAUCGCAUUAAAUCGUCCUUUUCACCCUGCGCCGCCUUUCGAUUGCCUUUGGCUCUGUCUGUAUGCCAAACUGGGGGAGCUUUGUGUUGAUGUACGACCUGCUGUGCGUAAAAGCGCUGGCCAGACAUUGUUCUCUACAAUAGGGGCACAUGGAACUUUGCUGCAGAAUGCAACAUGGCACACUGUCAUAUGGAAGGUUUUGUUUCAGCUGUUGAAUCAAGUCAGAGAGUCGUCAUCUACAGCUGAUAAAGAGAAGAUUGAAUCGGGAGGGGGCAAUAUACUCAUACAUCAUUCAAGGGACACAGCAGAAAAGCAGUGGGCCGAGACCUGGGUACUUACACUAGCAGGCGUGGCUCGAAUAUUUAACACUAGAAGAUACUUGCUCCAGCCUCUAGGGGAAUUUACCAAGGCCUGGGAUGUCCUCCUUGAUCACAUUCAGUCAGCCGCUCUCAGCAAAAACAAUGAAGUCUCCUUAGCUGCACUAAAAAGCUUUCAGGAAAUCUUACUGCUUGUUAGCCCUACUAGGGACACUGACAAGCCAGAGUCUUUGCCUGGACUUUCGGUACCUAUGCCUGUUCUUAUUGGACCAGUCAAUGCCUCUGGGCCAGGAAGACCGUUGGUGAGAGCUGAUUCCACAGGGGAAAGACUUAGCAGGUAUAGUAUCUCUGAGCAGCCCAUAGCUGUGGAUGAGAUUGAAGACUCGGCUCUAUGGUGGGCAGCCUGGAACACCUGGUAUCGGAUCGGUACACAAAGCACUAAACCACCAAUUACUUGUGACAAACUGACGUUUAUCCCUAGCCAGCCUUUUCUCACAGCUUUAAUCCAGAUUUUCCCAGCUCUUUAUCAGCACAUCAAGACUGCUUUUAGCAUGGACGAUCUACAAAAGCUGGGAGUUAUAUUACAUGGGGCAGUUUCAGUGCCUAUAAGUUCGGAUGCCUCUCCUUUUAUCCUUCCCUCUUACACUGAAGCAGUGUUGACAAGUCUGCAGGAAUCUGUGCUCACAGCCUUGGAUGUCUUACAAAAGGCAAUCUGCGUAGGACCGGAGAAUAUGCAGAUUAUGUACCCAGCGAUUUUUGACCAGCUGUCUGCAUUUGUGCAGUUCUCCUGUAAACCUCCACAAUAUGGCAAGCUAGAAACAAAGCACAUUGCAAAUGCAAAAUAUAAUCAAAUCCAACUUUUUGCACCGGCUGAGUGGGUGGCCUUAAAUUAUGUACCUUUUGCAGAGAAAUCUUUAGAAGUCAUGGUGGAUCUUUACCAGAAAACAGCUUGUCAUAAAGCAGUGGUGAAUGAAAAAGUUCUCCAAAAUGUCAUUAAGACGUUAAGGGUACCGCUCAGUCUGAAAUAUGCCUGUCCUUCCGAAAGCACAUGGAAGCUGGCAGUGUCUUCCUUGUUGAAAGUUCUCUCCGUUGGGCUACCUGUUGCUCGACAGCAUGCAUCUUCUGGGAAGUUUGACAGUAUGUGGCCAGAAUUGGCUUCCACCUUCGAAGACUUUUUAUUCACAAAAAGCACACCUCCAGAUAAUCUUUCAAUUGAAGAGUUUCAAAGAAACGAGGGUAUUGAUGUUGAGGUGGUUCAGCUCAUCAGCACAGAGAUUCUGCCUUAUGCCAAUUUUAUUCCUAAAGAUUUUGUGGGUAAAAUCAUGACAAUGCUGAACAAGGGUUCCAUACAUUCUCAGUCUUCAUCAUUUACUGAAGCUGAAAUAGACAUUAGGAUGCGGGAAGAGUUUUCUAAGGUUUGCUUUGAGACAUUGCUCCAGUUUUCAUUUAGCAAUAAAGUUACAACACCACAGGAAGGAUACAUCUCAAGAAUGGCGCUCUCAGUUCUCUUAAAGAGAUCCCAGGAUGUCUUGUACCGCUACAUAGAGGAUGAAAAGCUGAGUGGGAAAUGCCCACUUCCAAGGCAACGUGUAACAGAAAUCAUAUUCGUUUUGAAGGCAGUCCGUACGCUUAUAGAUUCACUUAAGAAAACUCAUCCUGAUAACGUUGAUACCAACACGUGGGCACAGGUAAUUUCUCUGUAUCCAACUCUGGUGGAAUGUAUCACAUGUUCCUCCUCUGAAGUGUGCACAGCCCUCAAAGAAGCUCUAGAUCCAUUUAAAGACUUCAUGCAUCCACCAGCAGCAGCCAAGGUCCAGAAUGGAGAAUCUUGACCAUGUGAUUGUAGAAGAUAUCAUCUUGAAGUCUCCUCCCAAGUGAAUGUUUGCUCCGAAGUGAAAUUAUUUUUGAAAGGACAAUUUUUUUGUGAACUGCACCGAGCAGGCCAAUUGUGGACAAUUUUAACUUUACUAACAGACUCGGUAUUUCAUGAGUACAACCUCACACCUCAGUACAUGUUCCCGAUUACUGACUUUAAAUGAAUAAGAUGGUCAACUUUAAUUUUGUCUUGCUAUAGGAGUGGUGUGAUACAUGAAAGUGGGUUGCUUCAAAGCUCGUGGGAUUUGCUUGAUGUGUAAAUCAAAGUAUUACAGUUCAGUCAACCUUAUUAGACUGGUUAUUUGAUGCCACCGACAGUACGCUGUGUACUUAAUUUUAUGCAAGACCGUACUACAACAUUCCAUAUUUUUUUUUUUUUUGUUAGCAACCUUUGUAAGCCAGGAGAACAGACAUAUUUGUGUGUAAAAUAAAUGGUACAGUUCUGUAA